CGGAGAUGAUCCUGACCAAGCACUUUCGGUGCUCUCGGCGGACCCACUCCCUGUUCAGGCACUCUGGAGAGGCCAUCAGCCUGUCUAAGCUGGCCAUACUCGACUGUCUGAUGGAGGGGGGCAAGGCAUUCACCUUGAAGGUGCUGUGUGUUGUUGACUGUGGGCCCACUUCAUCGCCCUGCUUCCUGAUCUGACUCCUCUGGCCCAGAGCCUGCUCUACCUUAACCUGUCCUUCAAUGACCUCACUAUCUUCCCAGUGGUGUAUGAGCUCACACAGUUGGAGGUGCUGAAGAUGAGAGACAGCCCCAUAGAGGAGAUUCCAACCGGCAUCCACAGACUCAACAGGUUCAAGACCUUUGUCAUCUCCUUCUGCAAGAACACCUCCCUGCGGUCUGAGCUGUACCAGCUGCCCUCUCUGCAGUUUCUAGAUGCCUCCUACAACCUCCUCUCAUCCCUAACCAAUGGCAUCAGAAAACUCCGGUACAGUCCAGAGAAGGCAGUAAGGCUGCAAAGACCAUAAUAUAGAGCUUUUCCCAAGGUCUUACAUUGUAUGGGGGUAACUCAUCCAUUCCACCACCUUUGUAUAGUACCAACCUUGUGUUAUUAUUGAAAUGUAACAAAACACCUCUGGCUGCAGGACUCUGGAAGAGCUGCAGCCGGAACACCCCCCAAGAGCCGCAACACUCAGCCACUAUGGCCCUUUCUCUCACAGACCGCUGCCUGUUACAACAUCUUUGGACUACACAGGUUGCCCUUCAUCUUCUAUGCCUGCACCCCAGCCUGCCACUGGAACUUCAAGAACCAGACCGAGAGUCUCUCCACAAAACUCACAAUAGUGAACAACAAACAUAACUAUGAAGGAACUAAUACUGAGGCUACUGUAUCUUGGCCUGAAUAGCCAAAUACCCCUAUCUCAGAUCUAACUCAUCAGCACUAAUCUUGUGCCAAAUUUUUACAUUCCCAGUACUGGUGUCAUUCUCUUUAUGUAGCCUUGAGUAGUUGUCUGAGUAGUUGUCUGAAUAAUGUGUAUUUUGCACAGCAAGUGUAUGUGAAUAUUCCCAUACUUAUGGCACUUUUUAUGUCUUUAAAAUGUCUAUUGACCUCAAAUUAAAAACAAAGUCUCUCUAAAUACUAUUUUUUUUUUUCUGAAUACUAAUUAGUUGUGUUCAACUACAUAUUUUAGCCAUCAAGUAGUGUAUCGCUUUAAUUCUGACGUCCUAUGUAAACAACGAAAUAUGGACCAAUCACAGACGCGCACCUCAACAGCCAGCUCGACAACUACUUCCAGUGUCAAAGUUUGUGUUGUGUUGUCAAGAUGUCUGGCCAUGAUCGUCAUCAUCUGCCUCUGUGCUUAUGCGACUUCAUCAGAUUACUAUGGUCCAUGGUGCUGCCAUGCGUGUAUCUGAGCUUGGUGCUGACGCUGCUUCUGUUUCUACUCGUCAUGGGGGUCCGAAUGUGGCUGCAGAGGAGUCGGAAAGCCCGCCUGGCUCAGGACAGCUCCCCAACGGUGGCCUUUUUCCACCCCUACUGCAAUGCAGGAGGGGGCGGGGAGCGUGUGCUCUGGUGCGCCCUCAGAGCGCUUCAGAAUAGAUACCCAAAUAUCUCUUUCGUUGUGUACACCGGUGACCAAGGUGUGACGGGGGAACAGAUUCUGGAGGGCGCCCGACAACGCUUCAACAUCAGGCUGCCUCGUCCAGUGACUUUCAUAUUCCUGAAGAACCGUCUCCUGGUGGAGAGUAGCACCUACCCCCACUUCACCCUGCUGGGGCAGAGCAUGGGCUCCAUGUUUCUGGGCUGGGAGGCCCUCACGUCCUUCGUACCAGACCUCUAUGUGGACUCCAUGGGCUAUGCCUUCACUCUGCCUAUCUUCCGCUACUUGGGAGGAUGCAGGGUGGGCAGCUAUGUGCACUACCCCACCGUCAGUACUGACAUGCUUUCUGUAGUGAGAGAGAGGAACCCCACGUUCAACAAUGCAGACUACAUCUCUACUAACCCUGUCCUUAGUACGGUUAAGGUGAUAUACUACUGUGCCUUCGCUCUGAUCUACGGCCUAGCUGGCUCCUGCAGCGACGUCGUCAUGGUCAACUCUACCUGGACGCUGGGCCACAUCCUGGCUCUGUGGCGCGCCCCCAGCCGCACCAGCGUGGUCUACCCGCCAUGCGAAGUCCGUUCCUUCCUUGACAUGCCAUUGGAGGACGAGGUGGAAGGGGAGGGGUUCGGAGACAGUAAGUGCCAUUCGAUAGUGUCUGUGGGUCAGUUCCGACCAGAGAAAGACCACCGGCUACAAAUAAGGGCGUUCCGGAAGCUUCUGGAGAGGAAAGGGGCGGGCCCGGGAGGGCGGGAGUCUCUGAGGCUGGUGUUGAUUGGUGGCUGCCGUAACCAGGAGGAUGAGGAUAGAGUGCUGAUGCUAAGGGAGUUGUGCCAGGAGCUGGGUGUGACUGACAGGGUGGAGUUUAAACUCAAUGUUUCCUUUGAGGAGCUAAAGAGGGAGCUGGUGGACGCCACCAUUGGCCUGCACACCAUGUGGAACGAGCAUUUUGGCAUAGGUGUCGUAGAAUGUAUGGCUGCAGGGACAGUCAUCCUGGCUCACAAGUCCGGCGGCCCCAAGCUAGACAUCGUGGUUCCCUACGAGGGUGGACAGACUGGAUUCCUGGCUGACAGCGAGGACAGCUAUGCCACCGCCAUGGAGACCAUCCUGACCCUGUCGUCGUCGGCACGGCUGGAGAUCCGGCGGAACGCCCGGCGGUCCGUAGAACGUUUCUCCAACCAGGAGUUUGACGCUAGCUUCCUGUCUUCCAUGGAACCUCUGAUUGGAACACUGCAGCGAUGAGGGAAGACCAAUCACUCCCCCCUCAGACUGAAACCCCUCCGCUCUGCUGCCCUCACAGGCCUGAUUGGCAGAGAAUGUUGUAUCAAUUUGAAUGUUGGAACACUGAUGGUCUAUCGGAGCUUUGCUGGCUUUAUUAAUAUGAAUAAGUAAGGAUGCUUGUCUUAUCUGCACUGUCUUGAUAGAGUUACAGUGAAGUGAGGUGGUGGACAUUCUAUUUAUACAUUUACACUCAAAAAGCACUUGAUCCGGAACGAUUAGGUUUCUGUACUGUUUUCACUGGCGAAGAAUGACCAAAUAUCAUUGUGCAAUUUUUUUUUCUCAGUGUGCUUUUUUUCCCCCUCUGUAAGGGACCAUGGCUCAGAAAUGUUACUGAUUAAAUGUGCAGAAAUGUAAAUAUACAAACAAUGCUUUAUUUUGGAAAAGUAAAUGUAUUGUUCCUAUAUAUCUGAUGAAUAAAACAUUCAACCUUA